UAUUUCCCAGUUGGAUGUGAAAACAUUUUUUUUAAACAUGUGUUUCUAAAACUUAAUAACAUUUUCUAAAGCAGAGGAGAGAUACCAGAGUGGGAACUUGAGAAAAUAAGAUAGCUACAAUAGAUUCUGCCAGUAAUUUGUGUUGUGUGGUCUAAGCUUUCACUAGCAUACAGGAUGACUGAGGAUGAAAUGAUAUAUUGAGGCAUUGAAUGAUCAGCAGAAUUGGUUCUUAGUGAGUUUAGAUCCUCAGUGAUUAUAUGGUCUGGUUUAAAGAACUCAGGAUUUGGAGUAGGAGAACUUGGAUUGAAUCUAUGGCUCUUACUCCCUGUGGGACGGUGGGAAAGCACUUUCCCUUUCAGUACCCUGAGGGUCAGAGAGGCCUCCUCUGUAAAAUGAGGUACUUCUCCUGUGACCUCAAAGAAAAUGAGAGGUGUAGACCCCAAUCCCUGCUCUGGAGACAGUAAGCAAUAAGGUGUCCACAUGGGCAUGAGCAUCCACCCACACAUAUUCUCUGUGUCUCUCUUCCUCUCUCCCUCACUCUCUCCCUCCUUCACUUUCUCCCUCUUUCCCUCUCUACCUCUCUCCCUCCCCCUCUCCUUCUCUGUCCCUCUCUGUCUCUUUCAGCUGCUUUUUCUGCCUUUUUUCCCAGGGACCAUGGAAGAAAGAACAUCGUGCUGCUCUAGUACCACCCUGUUCCAUCAGGAAGAAGUGAGUGGGAUCACAUAUCGGAUCCCAGCACUACUCUAUGUCCCACCAGCCCGGGUAUUGCUGGCCUUUGCAGAGAAGCGUUCCACAGUAGAUGAUACAGAUGCACUUUAUCUGGUGGUGCGACGAGGACAGAGGGUGGGCCAUUCUGUGCAGUGGGGGCCUCAGGUGUCCCUGAUGGAAGCCACGUUACCUGGAUUCCGCACCAUGAACCCCUGUCCUGUAUGGGAGCGGAAAAGUGGGCGGGUCUUUCUGUUCUUCAUUUGUGUUCGCAACCACGUCACAGAGCGGCGGCAGAUUCGUUCAGGGAAGAACGCUGCUCGAUUGUGUUUUGUGUCCAGCACAGACCAUGGACAAUCUUGGAGCCUGAUUGAGGACUUGACUGAGGAGGUCCUUAGUGAGGAGAUAGAGCACUGGGCUACGUUUGCUGUGGGACCUGGCCAUGGGGUCCAGCUACAGUCUGGGAGACUGGUUAUCCCUGCCUAUGCUUAUCACUCAGCCCGCUGGUCCUGCCUGGGGCCCCCUCUCUGGUUAAGAGCCAGGCCCCAUUCUCUGAUGUUUUACAGUGAUGACCUGGGUGCUACGUGGAAACAUGGGCAGCUCUUCCGGUCUGGGCCGACCAUAGAAUGUGAGGUUGCAGAAGUGAUGAAUUCGAGUGGCUGCGCGGUGUUAUACUGCAGUGCCAGGACCCCUGGUAGGUGUCGGGCUGAAGCGCUCAGCACAGAUCUGGGGGAACACUUUCAGAAACCUUCCCUGGUCCGGGAGUUGCAUGAGCCCCCCCAUGGUUGCCAGGGAAGUGUUGUGAGCUUCAGGCCCAGGAGAGGCCUUCAGGAAGAUGAAGCCCCAGAUGGUGGCAGUGACCUCUCUAGCCAGCCAGCAUCUCUGGUCAGCACUGCUGGACCAGAGCAGAACAGCUACAAACCUCCAAGUUCAUGGCUCAUUUAUUCCCACCCAACAAGCAAGAGAUGUAGGAUCGACCUGGGCAUCUAUGUGAACCAGGCCCCUCUGGAAGCUGCUCCCUGGUCCCAGCCCUGGAUUCUCCACAGGGGGCCCAGUGGUUACUCUGACCUGGCUGCCCUCGAGGACGGCUUGUUUGGGUGCUUGUUUGAGUGUGGGGAGAAGCAUGAGUAUGAACAGAUCGCCUUCCAUAUGUUCACAGACCGAGAACUUCUGAGUCACAUUCAGGACAGCUGCUCAGGCUCAGAGAGGGCCAGCUGCUCAAAUGUAGACUAGCUUUGGCCACCCCCCUUCCCCCCAAGAAAGGAGUGGAAACCACAGCUGCCUCUCUCCUAUCUCAGGGUAAUGGGGGCAUAAUAAUAGGUAGCAUUUGUAUGUUGUUAAUGUCUACAAAGCAUUUUAUCAAUAUUAUCUCAUUUGACCCUCAUGACAGCCCCACCCAGUAGCUGCUACUAGUUAUUGUUCCCAUUUUACUAGUGAGGAAACUGAGGCAAACAGGUUAAAUGAAUAGUCACAUGGCUAUUAAAUCUCUGAGGUCAGAUUGGAACUUGGCUGUUCCUGACUCCAGGACCAGAGCUCUAUCCAGCUGCCUCUAGGGAGAUUUAGAAGUUAGAGUUAUUCCAUACCUCUUUUCCGGUUCUUACUUUGCCUGGCUGCUUCAUGCAUUUUAUUCCUUAUCCUCCUCCAUCCCUUCUCCAAGGAGCAAAAGGGACCAAUUGGCAUUUUGCCAAGAUCUGAUGCUGUGAAAAGUGCUGGAUAGGGAGUUUCAUUUCUGGCCCUUGCUCUGAUGCCAAUUCCUGUGCUGACUUGCGUACGUCAUUUCUCCUCUCAGUGCCUCAGUGUCCCAGAGGUUCUUAAGAUGCAUAGACAGGAGCAAACACUGAUAGUCUGAGAAGGAAAGAAAUGAGCAAGCUGAACUCUGAAAUUCUAUGAUUCCUUUCCUCAUCACUGUUGGGAGAUGCGAGGGGCUUGGACAGUCCUAGCCUGGCCGUGAACUCCUGCAUAAUCAAUAUUUAGAGACAAGGAUCUGAGUUGAGCUUGCAAGUAUUUAUUAAACUCCUCGUAUGUGCCCGGCACUGUGUCAAGAGUAAUGGGUACAAAGAAAGACACAAACAGUCCCUGCCCUCACAUAGCUCAUGUGAACAGCUGUGUACGAACAAGCCAUACCUGGGGUAGAGUGGGGAUAAUCACAGAGGGAAAGGGGCCCGGGAGAGGCUUCUCGUCCAAGGCGGGACUUUAACCAAGACUUGGCGACGAGGUGAGCAGGGAGAGGAUUCCAGGCAUGGGAGAUACUCAGGGCCAUGGAGACGAGAGUCAGGGAUGGCACUUGUUGAGUGAAGAUCAGCAAACAGGCAAGUAUCCCCGGAUUGUAGAGUAAGUGCAGGAGAGCGAGGGGUAGGCAGGCUGGGAAGAUAGGGAGAGGCUGGGAUGGGAAAAGCUUCAGAACUGCUUUAGGAAGGGCACCCCGAGGGCUGAUUGGAGGAUGGACCAGAGUGGGGAGAGACUGACAACAGCCUUUUGCGGUAGGACGUGUGUGAGGUGAUGAGUUGGGGAGAGAGGUGACCAGGGCAGAGUUGACAGGAUUUGGCAAGAAAUUGGAUGUAGGAGGUGAGAGAUGGGGAGGAGUCAAAGACAGCCCCUUGGGUUAUAAUCUUACCUCAGGCACUUGAAGCUGAGUGGCCUUGGCCAAAUCCCUGGCCUCCCACACCUGUAGAAUGAGAAACCCAAUAACAUCCCUUAUGUGAUUGUUGUAAAGGAAACCAGGGUCACACUGCCCCCGUUGUGUAGUUUUUCUCAUGCUCCAAGGUCAUCAUUUUACUCCAUUGAACUGCCUUCUUAAUCUUUGCAGCUUCUUUCAAGCUUCCCUCUUUUCCCCCAGAAACUCUUCUUUCCUGGCUGGGGAAAAGGCAGGAACCUCAUCAUCAGAAUGAUCUCUUCCCUGGCUCAUGCCUUUGGCCAGGGUUGCCAUGAGAGAGGGCGACUUCUUGAGAGGGUCUCAUUUUGCAACAAACUCAGAUCAAGGGCAGGUAGGUGGUGCAGUGGAUGGAGUGCCAGGCCAGGAGUCAGGAAGACCCGAGUUCAAAUGUGACUGU